AUGGUUGAUCCGCAAACUGCGGAUGAAAUGGCAAGCUGGCUACUAGACGAUUCCACACCAGAGCGCCUCUCCAAUGAAGGCGAAGACUUGUCUCCAAAAAAGCGCCGGACCACUACACCGAGAAACUCGGUCUCGAUUGAUGGCAACCAAGCUAUCCCGCCACUGGAUUUCCCGUCACCUAUCAAAACACCACUCAGGUCUUUGGAUACUCGCCCUCGGGCCUCCCGCAUGGGCAAGCACUCGCCAUCGAAAGCCGUGGGAAUAGUUCCUAGACGAGCUGCCACGACUGGUAGACACAGGGAUACAUCACAGAAGCGACCAAGUACAAGCUUACAACGCCGCCAUGUGCCUACGAGAUCGCUGUCUUAUGACCCCCUCAAGUUUCACCCUACCAAAGACUUCGCACUGGCGACAUCUGUGGCGCUCGAAACCUGUGACAAUAAUGCAAGAAAUCGAGUUGCAGAAGGAUGCCAGAUUCCUCGCAUACAAGACCGGUGUGCUGGUGAAGAAAUUAGUGGGAAACUGGCCGCUAUGCUGGCGGCUACCAAUGCACUCAAGCCUUUGCCACAACAAGCCAACUGCUCGACCUCAAGAUUCACGCGUAUGGUGCCGUCGAAAGUGCGUGCAAAAGUCUCGAAUGCUUGGGAUCGCUUCCAUCCAAAAGCCGUGAAUCACGAAGAAACACAGGCCCGGGCCUUCUCCCACUUAGGCGAUGAACAAGGUGAUGGGUGGAGUCGAGGGAGCCUUGUUCCUACUCCUCGCUCACAUGCAUCAACUGAGAACGCUUCUCCGAUCAGCAACAUUGAGCUCCGCUUGAAUGAAGGGGAUAACCUCAAUAAAAGUAAAGUCCAGCAAAUUGUUGGAGGUCGCGUUAACAGAAAGCCAUUAGCAGACGAUGGAAAGUCCCUCAGAAAUGGAAAACUUGUGGAGGAUCCGUUCUCUGAACGAGCUGAUAGGCGAGCUCUAACAUGUUUCGACAACCGGCUGAAUCAAGGUUCUCACGAUGAUCCAAAGACGCCUCCCCCUUCGCUAUACAAUCCAUUCGAAUCCGAGAAGGGAUUCGACGACAACAUUGAAGAUAGGUUCUUGAACAGUACACCAGUCGGAUCUUCAACCCCUCGGAUUCUAGUCGAGCGCCCAUCAACGUCGAGCAGUGGUUCCUGCUCCGUGGACAGCGAUAUGCACAUACCAGAAACUCAUUUUAAUGAGAGACCGGGAUCUUUAUCGACGACUGGCCGAAAAGAAAUCGGGCAACACCACUUUUUCGGCCAUAAGCUUUUGGAACCUGUUGGCGAUGUGUUGGCUAAUUCGAUCACUCAAGCUCGACAAGUUUCGGAUAAAGCGAAGAGAGACUUGCAUACCUCUAGCAGGACGAAGAAACACCCGUCGCCCAGCAAAGAAGCUCUAGAGAAGUUGGAGCUCCAAUUCCAGCAGUAUACUCAUGGUCGUGUCUCUGAGCCUGUCAAGUACGACAUGGAUGAGCUUAUAAUGGAAUCUAUGGACGCAAGCCCUUCCCUGAGGGCAUGUGAAAGGAAGAGAUUGAGCUUAGCUCGUUUGUCGGUCACGAAUAUUGACGAGCUGGUUGAUCCAAUGUGCGGGAAAGUUCACCACCGCCGAGGCUCCUCAACAUCGAUGCUCCAAUUGGUACGAGGCCCUUACGUGCUACAAAAUUCGGUCAAGUUGCACAAGGAUAUUCGGUUGAUGCCCCCUUAUCGUCCAGCUGGUGUUUCCCCUUCUGAUGUGGACGAGCUACAUUGA